AUGCCAAAUGAGGCCACUAACCGGCCGCCUAAUGACGGCCGCCUAAUUAAUCUCCGCGCGCCGGGGGCUCCGGAUCACGUCCCGCUGACCCCGGCCGCCACCGCGCGCGCGCGCGAGGGUGGCGACAGUAACGACGCUGCGGUCGAGGCAGAGGCCAAGGGUCGCGCUCUGGAGGAAGCGCAGAGGCGAGCAGGAGGAGGGACGAUGAAUUGGCUCGGGAGAUGCGCCGGAGAAUGCGAGCAGAGUGUUGGAAGAGGAAUUUCCGAUUAA